AUGGCCGUGCAGGUGGACGCUGCAUUGUAUUUCCCCCUUUGGAACAUUGCCAAGAACGAACCCCCCUUCGGCUACGGGAGCCGCCCAGACGCGCCCCCUCUGGGCUAUUGGGGCAGUCACGGGUCCAUCCAUCAUUGGGGGGCGACGAUCUGCGACAAUGGAACCUCCGCUGUCGAUUACCGGCGAUUAGGCGAGGUUGUCCUCCAGACAUCCAAGACAGACUCGUCAUACCUGCGCAAGUGGUACAAUCUUACUGAUCUUUCACGCCAUCGAGCGUCGGCCGCAUCACGAAAACCCAGCUCGGCAUUUUUCGGGCCCUAG